AUGGUAUUGAUUGAUGGUAAGGGUAUUGCCGCUACGAUCCGUGAUGAGAUCGCAAGGGAAGUUCUUGAACUAAGGAAGAUUCAUGAAUCUUUCAAGCCUACUUUGACAAUUUUUCAGGUUGGUAAUAGACAAGAUUCAAGUACUUAUGUGCGAAUGAAAAGAAAAGCAGCUGCAGAGGCAGGUAUCACAGUUAAUUUCAUUCAGUUGGAAGAUGGUAUUGGUGAGGAAGAAUUGCUGUUGCAGAUUGACGCGCAUAAUGCAGACCCGAGUGUACAUGGUAUUCUUAUCCAAUUGCCUCUUCCAAAGUCAAUUGACGAAGAUAAGGUAACUUCGCGUGUGUUGCCUUCGAAGGACGUUGAUGGAUUUGGAUCGUUUAACAUUGGAGAGUUGAACAAACGGCGCGGAAAGCCAUUUUUCCAUCCGUGUACUCCUGAAGGUAUUAUUGAAUUGCUAAAAAGAUCAGAUGUGAAGAUUGCGGGAUCUAAGGCGGUUGUUAUUGGGAGAUCAGACAUAGUAGGAGCGCCUGUGGCUUGCCUAUUACGGGCCCUCGAUGCCACUGUAACUGUACUACAUUCUAAAUCCCGCGAUAUUCCUCAAUAUUGCGCGUCUGCAGAUAUUGUAAUUGUGGCAAUUGGUAGACCUGAGUUUGUCAAAGGCGAAUGGUUUGAUGGCAACUCUAAUGUUGUCGUUAUUGAUGUCGGAACGAAUUUUGUAGAAGACGUUACUAAAAAAUCCGGUUUCAGGUGUGUUGGAGACGUUGAAUUCUCUAAGACCAAAGAUGCAGUAAGGAUGAUCACUCCUGUUCCAGGUGGUGUGGGGCCUAUGACUGUAGCUAUGCUAAUGCGGAAUUCUUUUAUUGCUGCUAAACGUUGUAUGGAACAGCCUCGUGGGUUCAAGCCUUUGUCGUUAAACUUAUUGAAGCCAGUUCCAUCUGAUUUUGAGAUCUCUAGAGCACAAAAACCCAAAAAAAUCACAACUAUUGCCCAGGAAGCUGGUAUUCUGCCAUCUGAGUUGGAACUUUAUGGCGAUGCAAAGGCAAAGGUAAAGUUGGAUCUUCUAAAGAGACUUGGUCAUCGCGAAAAUGGUAAGUACGUCCUUGUCGCUGGUAUAACCCCAACACCGUUGGGUGAGGGCAAGUCUACCACUACAGUUGGUCUAGUACAAGCUUUAGCUGCUCACUUGAACAAAAUUGCUUUUGCGAAUGUCCGCCAGCCGUCAAUGGGUCCAACUUUUGGCAUUAAAGGCGGUGCAGCUGGCGGUGGUUACUCUCAAGUUAUUCCAAUGGACGAGUUUAACUUACACGUCACGGGAGACAUUCACGCCAUCUCCAUGGCUAACAAUUUGUUGGCAGCUGCUAUCGACACUAGAAUGUUUCAUGAGUCUACCCAAAAGGAUGCUGCACUAUACAAAAGACUAGUUCCUGCCAAAAGUGGCAUUAGAAAGUUCACACCCUGUAUGUUGCGGAGGUUAAAGAAACUUGGUAUUGAAAAAACUAACCCUGAUGAUUUAACUGCAGAAGAAAUCACUAAAUUUGCAAGGUUGGACAUUGAACCAGAAUCCAUUACUUGGAAACGUGUGGUUGACUGUAACGAUAGAUUCUUAAGAGGUAUUAACAUCGGGGAGGCGCCAACCGAGCGUGGGUUUACCAGAAAAACCGGGUUUGAUAUCUCUGUAGCAUCAGAGUGUAUGGCUAUCUUGGCCUUAUCAAACUCCCUUGAGGACUUGAGAGAGAGAUUGGGCAAAAUUGUAGUUGCAACCUCGAAGAAUGGUGUACCAAUAACUUGCGAAGAUAUCGGUUGUGCGGGAGCUAUGACAGCCCUAAUGAAGGAUGCGAUCAAACCAAAUAUCAUGCAAACUUUGGAAGGGACUCCCGUGUUCGUGCAUGCAGGGCCAUUUGCGAAUAUUUCUAUUGGUGCUAAUUCAGUAUUGGCUGACAAAAUGGCAUUAAAGUUGGCUGGAGUUGAUCCAUCUUUAUCAGAUGAUGAGAAAAGAGAGAAGCAUGGUAAAUUUGUGACCGAAGCUGGUUUUGAUUUUACAAUGGGAGGCGAAAGAUUCUUAAACAUCAAAUGCAGGUCAAGUGGGUUAAUCCCUGAUGUGGUUGUUAUAGUUGCCACUGUUAGAGCGUUAAAGGUACACGGCGGUGGCACAGAAGUCAAAACAGGUGCCCCAUUGCCUGCUGAGUACCUAAACGAAGACAUUGAACUAACGACAAAGGGAUGUGCUAACUUGGCUAAACACAUAUCCAAUGUAAGGGCUUAUGGGUUACCAGUGGUGGUUGCCAUUAAUAGAAUGUCUUCUGAUACUGAACUAGAACACCAAAUAAUUAGACAAGAAUCGAUUAAAGCUGGUGCUGUAGAUGCAAUUGUGUCAAACCAUUGGGAAGAAGGCGGAAAGGGCGCUGUUGCACUUGCGGAAGGUGUGAUCAAAGCCGCAGAAUUACCACAUCAUGAUUUCCAAUUCCUAUACAAAACUGAGGGGUCCUCCAUCGAGGAUAAGAUUGGUUCAAUUGCCAAAGUUAUGUAUGGCGCUGAAGGGGUUGAAUUUUCUCCAGAAGCUCAAAGAAAGGUUGAUCUAUACACUAAACAGGGUUUCUGCAACUUACCGAUCUGCAUUGCCAAGACGCAAUACUCUCUUUCCCACGAUGCAAACUUAAAGGGUGUUCCAACAGGCUUCAAAUUUCCAGUCAGGGACAUCAAAGCUUCAAUCGGAGCAGGUUAUUUGUAUGCGCUAGCUGCAGAAAUGCAGACAAUUCCUGGGCUACCAACACAUUGUGGAUUUAUGAACAUAGAACUCAACGACGACGGGGAAAUAGACGGUAUGUUCUGA